AUGAAGAUAGUGGAGUUGUUGAUACUUGCUUAUAUCUUAGCACAAGAAAAUUCAAAUGGAAGGUCUCUAUUAGACCGACCUCUGAAAUUAUUGAAACGGAAAAAGCUCAGGAUGGAGAACAUCAUGCAUUGUCAUAUGCUGAUCAGCCCUAGCCGCCCAAAUAAGUCCCCCUCUGAACUUCCACACCUCACUAUAAAUGAGAGACUAAUUAGUCAGAGAACAAUUGUAAUGGUAGGUCAUACCAGAAAUUUGGUAUUAGGUUUUAUUACAAUAGUUUAUAUGUUGAGCACAAGUGAAGGAGUGUUGGAGCUCGGUUUUUACAAUUCAGUGUGCCCUCAUGCAGAAGAAAUUGUACUAAAUGUUGCAAAAAAGCAUAUACCUUUGGCCCCAUCUCUGGCUGCUGCUUUAAUCAGAAUGCAUUUCCAUGACUGCUUUGUUAGGGGAUGUGAUGGGUCUGUUCUACUGAAUUCAAAAAAUGGAAAUACAGCUGAGAAGGAUGCAUUUCCUAAUCUGUCACUCAGGGGUUUUGGUGUGAUAGAUGAGGCCAAGUCUGCAUUAGAAGAGUACUGUCCUGGAGUGGUGUCAUGUGCUGACAUUCUUGCAUUGAUUGCAAGAGAUGCUCUUCUCCUAACGGGAGGGCCAUAUUGGGAAGUUCCCACAGGACGGAAGGAUGGACUGGUAUCUAGUGCAUCUGAAGUACUGACAAAUCUUCCAUUUGCAAGUUUUAACUUUUCUCAGCUCAAAGCUUCCUUUGCCAGCAAGGGGCUCAACAUCAAGGAUCUUGUCGUCCUAUCAGGUGCUCAUACCAUUGGAAUUUCCCAUUGUGGCCCUUCCUUUAGUAACAGGCUCUACAACUUCACAGGUAAAGGUGAUGAAGACCCUUCCAUGGACAAGUACUAUGUAGCCAACCUGAAGAAAUAUAAGUGCAAGAGUCCAGCAGACAGUAGCACCAUAGUAGAAAUGGACCCUGGGAGCCAUAGGACUUUUGAUAUAAGUUACUACAAGAUGUUAAAGAAAAGAAGGGGGCUUUUCCAAUCAGAUUCUGCACUUCUUACUGAUGCAACCUCCAAAGCAUAUGUUGAUGAAGAACUUGUGGGCUCAAAUUAUAAAUUUUUCUCUGACUUUGCAAAGUCUGUGGUAAAGAUGGGGCAAAUUGGGGUGUUGACUGGAAAUGAUGGAGAGAUCAGGCAUAACUGUGCUUUUGUUAAUUGAUUGUCUGUCAUAUGUGUGUGUUAAACAAUGAAGACUGAUUGCACCUGUGCUUUUCUUUGUGAAUAAAGGGAGGAGGAGAACCUCAAUAAAUCACAGGGUGUUCAAUCUUUACUUUUUCUCCUCCUCCCAGAUCUGUCUCUUGGGUUGUCUUAUGCCUUGAGAAUCUUCUAGGAAGUAUAUCAUGGUCAUAUUAGAUAAGUUGUCACAUCUCAUGGAGGCAGCACAAUGACUAGUGCUCUUUUUGAAGAUGUGAGGAUAAAAAUGUUCAGAAAUGACCAUUAAAAAUAGAACUGAUGUUGUGA